AAAAAGGCACUCAUCGAGAAGCGCGGAUCAUAUCUCACAUCAACGCAGUACGCUAAUAGACGUUGUUUCUUGCGGAUCAGUUUCAUCUCCAAGAUGUUCGUGAAAGCAUUGUGGAUUGCUGUGAUAACAAUCACGCUAUUCUGCGUUUAUACUUCUGCUCAACUCAUAUCGCAACUCUGUAUUGGUUGUCUAUGCGAAGUUAGCUCAGGUUGUAAUACCUCUAUCGGAUGUUCCGGAUCGGUAUGUGGACCAUUCGGUAUAACGUGGGACUACUGGUCUGAUGCUGGCAAACCAACUCUAAACAACGAAACAAUCAAUAACGAUUCCUAUUCCAAAUGCGUCAAUGAUCCUUAUUGUGCUGCUAGUACAGUGCAAAAUUAUAUGACCAAAUUCGGUCACGACUGCACAGGAAAUGCAGUGAUUGAUUGUGAAGAUUAUUUGCGUAUCCAUCGACUUGGCGUAAACGGUUGCACCGAUACUUUAGACAACAAAUAUCAGGAGAUACUCAAAUUAUGUUUAGAAAAAUAUCAAUUUGUGACCCAAAAUUAAUAAUAUAUUGUCUACUAUCAUCUAAUCUAUCUUAUAAUAAUCAAUUAAUUACAUAUGUACAUAUAAAUAUAUCAAUACACAUAUAUU